UCCCUGGACUGCGCCAUGACGGAGUAUAAGCUCGUGGUGGUGGGCGCUGGUGGCGUGGGGAAGAGUGCCCUGACCAUCCAGCUCAUCCAGAACCACUUCGUGGACGAGUACGACCCCACAAUCGAGGGACUCCUACGGAAGCAAGUGGUCAUCGAUGGGAGACGUUGUCUGCUGGACAUCCUGGACACGGCGGGACAGGAGGAGUACAGCGCCAUGCGGGACCAGUACAUGCGCACCGGCGAGGGUUUCCUCUGCGUGUUUGCCAUCAACAACACCAAGUCCUUUGAAGACAUCCACCAGUACCGGUGACAGAUCAAGCGGGUGAAGGACUCGGACGACGUGCCCAUGGUGCUGGUGGGAAACAAGUGUGACCUGGCUGCACGCACUGUGGAGUCUCGGCAGGCACAGGACCUGGCCCGCAGCUACGGCAUCCCCUACAUCGAGACCUCGGCCAAGACGGCCAGGGCAGCCGCUCUGGCUCCAGCUCCGGGACCCCGGGACCCAGCGGCCCCUCGCGCUGGCGUAGAGGACGCCUUCUACACGUUGGUGCGUGAGAUCCGGCAGCACAAGCUACGCAAGCUGAGCCCACCAGAUGAGGGCGGCCCUGGCUGCAUGAGCUGCAAGUGUCUGCUCUCCUGAGUGCCCGCUCGUCCCCUGUGCCCGCCCCCAUGGGCGCAGGCCUGGAGGUGCCGGAUGCUGGGGGGUGGGGAGGAAGGAAGUGCUGCCAGAAGCCCGGCCAGCCCGGGGUUGGUGGACAGAGUGACGCAGACCUCCAGGACGCUUUGUACAGACUGUCGUGAACUGAUGCCACCGGUGCCCCAGCUGUUACUCCUCCCAGCCGUCCUGGCCCAUCAGGCACUGGUUGAAUGCAGUAAAUUAUUUGAUGGUCUUGACCCUG